AUGGCAACCGGGAUAUCGAAUCUCUCAUGCCUUCUGUACGAUCCCCAUGAUGCUAGAUUUGAAGAACGGGAAAUGCCUGUGAUCAGUGAUCCUCACGAUGUGAUCAUUAGAAUUGCAUAUGUUGGUGUUUGUGGCAGUGAUGUUCAUUUCUGGCACCAGGGCGGAGUAGGCCUAAAAGUCUCUNCCUCCAAUCCCUUGACAAUGGGUCAUGAAGCCUCUGGAAUAGUCCACAGCGUUGGAUCUGCUGUAACAANNCUCUCUCCCAACGACAAUGUCUGCAUCGAACCCGGCCUCNCCUGCUCUCGCUGCAAAUCCUGCAAAUCUGGUCGCUAUAACCUUUGCCCUGACAUGGCUUUUGCAGCUUCGCCUGGCCCUGGCCCUGCUACCCAUGGUUGUUUGUGUGCUUACUAUAAACUCACCGAAGCUUUUGUUUACAAGUUACCAACGAGCGUGAGCUUGGAGGAGGGAGUGCUUGUGGAGCCGCUGGCUGUUGCUGUGCAUUCGAUCAGAUUGGCAGAGGUCAAACCAGGGCAGAAAGUCGUGGUGUUUGGAGCUGGCCCUGUGGGGAUUCUGUGUGCUGCUGUGGCUCGUCAGUUCGGUGCAGUAGAAGUCAUAUCUGUGGAUAUGAAUGCGGCGAGACUGGAAUUCGUCAAGAACUUUGCUGCCACGGGUGUCUUUACACCAGAUACGAAAGCGGACGGAGCAACCAACGCUGCAGCGAUUGUCGAGAAGUUCCAAUUCGAUCGCGGAGCUGAUAUCGUUAUCGAGGCUUCUGGCGCCGAGCCUUGUGUUCAAGUAGGCAUCCAUGUGUUGGCACCUGGAGGUACAUACGUGCAAACAGGUUGCGGAAAGCCGAACGUGAUGGUGCCGAUGACGAAACUUGGCGAGAAAGAGGCAGUGGUCAAGGGAUGCUUCAGGUACGGAACUGGUGAUUUCGAGUUGGCCAUUGGGUUUUUGAAGGAUGGUAAGAUUGAUGUCAAGAAGUUGAUCUCGAGAACAGUCGCAUUCGAAGAAGCACCUGAUGCUUGGGAGAGUGUAGGCAGGGGCGAAGGGAUCAAGACCUUGAUUCGCGGUGUUCAGCAUUAA